UCAGGUAACGGAGACCAGGUUUCUUUGAUGAGGAAGGAGGGGAGGAAGAAAGGAGGGGGCGUGUCUUUGUAGUCUGUCCCAUGAUGCGUAGCGUGGAAAUAUGACGUGUGAAGCACUCACGCACACACACACACACACACACAAAUACACGUGUGUUACACUACAGCUACGAGCUCAUGUAAGCGAGGUGUGUUUUUCGUGUCAGUGUGUGUGACUUCCACAGAGGAAAAGUGCCUCCGGCGAAGCCACCCCCGCCCCCCGCCGGCUGUGGCUCCCGGCUGACCCGAGGACUUCACACCGCCACGUUCGGACUCCUGGAACUUAAAAAAAAAAAAAAAAAAGUCCCGUCAUUUUUUAGUCGUAAGCGAUGCACUGGCAGCAUGGCCAAGUGGUUCAAGGAGCACCUCGGAUUCAAAACAACCAAAGCACCCCCUCCGGCGCCCCCGAAGCCGGACUACCGACACUGCCUCACCGGUGUGACCGGCGCGCCUGGCUUCCAACCGGGGGCCACUUUCACGCUCAGCCCCGCUCAGCCGGACAUCCUUGCCGCUUACAAACUCCAAAAGGAGCUGGACUUCGAGGACCCGUACACUCCCGGUGGAAAUAUGUCGUUCGCCGUGGGCUCGCCGGACAUCAAGUACGUGUCUCCGAAGCACCGACUCAUCAAGGUUGAGACGGUGGAGAAGAGCAACCCGGCGCCGAGUACUGAUGGUGGAGGCGUUGGUGUGACGGUCGCUGAAGCCGUCGCCGUGGGCAGCGUGAAAUCUCCCACUUCUCCCCCCACGGAACAGGACAAUAAGGAGAAGCUCAUUAUACUGGAGGACUACGCUGACCCUUUUGACGCCGAGCAGGCUGGCGGCACGCAGGGCAGCACAGAGAAAGUGACCACAGAGAACGACGGAUACAUGGAGCCAUAUGAGGCCCAGAAGAUGAUGGCAGAAAUCCGAUCCAGCGGUCGCGGGUCGAAGGACGGCAGCACCAAGCAACUUCCCCUGUACGACACCCCGUACGAGCCCACCGAGAACGGCGGAGACUCAGACCCCGAACGCUCUCGCUGCCCCCGAGAGAGUCGACUGCCUCAGGACGACGAGCGACCGCCCGAAGAGUAUGACCAGCCCUGGGAGUGGAAGAAGGAAAGGAUUUCCAAAGCCUUUGCAGUAGAGAUUAAAGUGAUCAAGGACCUUCCGUGGCCCCCUCCAGUGGGGCAGCUCAACAGCAGCCCUCCCCUGGUGGAGGAGCUGGAGUCGCCCUCGCCGAUGGGUCAACCCUCGCCUGGACAAGCCACCAGUGAACAGCACCACCAGGUCCAGUUUGAUAACGUGGAGAAGUCUCGAAUGUCGCCCACCAAAGACGGGAAAACACGUCCGCUGCAGCGGCACUCCAGCGGCUGCUUGGUGAACACCAAAAUGACGUCAGCGGAGCAGCCCAACUCGUCCGUGGGGGAACGCAUCGAUCCAUGCAUGGCCUUGGAAAGCCAAUUCUGGUACCACGGCGCCAUCAGUCGGACGGACGCAGAAUGUCUACUCCGGCUGUGCAAGGAGGCGAGCUACCUGGUGCGGAACAGCGAAACCAGCAAAAAUGACUACUCCCUCUCACUUAAGAGCAGCCAAGGCUUCAUGCACAUGAAGCUGUCCAGGACCAAGGAGAACAAGUACAUCCUGGGCCAGAACAGCUGCCCCUUCGACAGCGUGCCCGACAUCAUCCACUUCUACUCCAGUCGCAAGCUACCCAUCAAGGGAGCCGAGCACAUGUCCCUGCUGUACCCUGUCGCCAUCAGGACACUAUAGUGCCCCACAAAAACCAACACGCCCCUUAUGGAAAGGGAAAUCCCCCAAACUGCUGAUUCUGACUCACCUCACUGGCCGACAGAUUCCCACAGAUCCUUCUUUUAUGUUUUAGUUUAUUUAUGACCGACACACAUUUACUUCCCAGUUUUGGCGGUCCCACAGAGAGGCUACACCUACAUUUGUCAAGGCUCGUCAGCUGGAAAACUUGAGUUCUCUGUAAGGUUAAUACUAGGGAUGGGCAAUUGACUACAUUUUCUUGGAAAAUCAAUUUUAACAGGAUCAUAAAGUAUCACUGAACGUUCUGAGCUUCCUUCCAAAAAGGUUGCGAUGGAUGAGGUCUGGGUGAUGGGUGACAAUUAAGAAACAGUACUGUGGCUUAUUUGCUUCUUUUUCAGGCAGUUGUCACGAGAAAGUCUAAUUGCAUCAAUAACAGGCUUAUAACUAGCAAAACACUUGUUUUAGUGUAGUGUGCUUACUAAAUAACAACAAAACCAGGAAGUAGCCUGCUAACUAAAUAGACAAAUUGGAACCGGCAUCAGAGCAUUCCUGAAGUUCUGAACUUCCAUUUCGAUGCCAGUGGAGUAUUUAUCGAAAUGAUGCUGCCUGGUUAUGUCGCCGCAUGUAAGAUGUGGGUGGGUGUGUGACAAAAAAAUAACGACACUGUGAAUUUCAGACUUUUGUGUAGUGCCCUACUGUCACGCGACAGUUUCGUUUCUUUAUUGUCACAACUUGUAGGCCUUAACUGGCAUUCUAACUAGCAAAUAAACAGAAAAACUAAACAUGGAUUAGAUCAUCCCUCAAAUUCUAAGAUUUCAUUUCCAUGCCAGUGGGGUAUCAAGAGUGUUAAUGGUGUCAGGAAAAGUUGCUAUCGUGUAGGUCUCCAUGGAUGUGUGACAAUAAAGAAACGAGACUGUGGCUUUCAGGCUUUUGUGUCAGUGCCCUGCUUUCAAAGGACAGUCUUGUUUCUUUAUGGUCACUCGUAUGCCUUCGGUGACAAGUUGUGUUUCUACAUUUUUAGUCAGCAAACUAGUUGAGAUUGAAUCAACUGUGUGAAGAAUUAGCAUGCUAACCAACUAAGAAACAAACCAAGAAAUAGCCUGCUAACAAACAGGCAAACUACAAACUCCGAUUCCAAUGAAGUUGGGAUGUUGUGUAAAACGUAAAUAAAAACAGAACACAAUGAUUUGGAAAUCCUUUUCAACCUAUAUUCAAUUGAAUAGACUACAAAGACAAGCCAUGUAAUGUAUAAACUGAUAAACGUUGUUUCUUUUUUUUGUGUGCAAAUUUUCACAGAUUUUGAAUUUGAUGCCUGCAACACAUUUAUCACUGUGUUAUAUCACCUUUCCUUUUAACAACACUCGAUAAGCGUUUGGGAACUGAGGACACUAAUUGUUGAAGCUUUGUAGGUGGAAUUGUUUCCUAUUCUUGCUUGAUUUCCCAUUCUUACUUCAGUUGCUCAACAGUCCGGGGUCUCCGUUGUCAUAUUUUGUUUGCGCUUCAUAAUGUGCCACGCAUUUUCAAUGGGAGAUGUCUGGACUGCUGGCAGGCCAAUAUCGUACUUGCACUCUUUUUUACGACGAAACCACACUGUUGUAACGUGCAGAAUGUGGCCUGGUAUUGUCUUGCUGAAAUAAGCAGGGACGUCCCUGAAAAAGACGUUGCUUGGAUGGCAGCUUAUGUUGAUCCAAAACCUUUACGUACCUUUCAGCAUUAAUGCUACCUUCACAGAUGUGCAAGUUACCCAUGCCAUGCCACUAACACACCCCCAUAUAGUCACAGAUGCUGGCUUUUGAACUUUGUGCUGAUAACAAUCCAGAUGGUCCUUUUCCUCUCUGGCCUGGAGGACACGGCAUCCAUGAUUUCCAAAACCAAUUUGAAAGGCGGACUGGUCAAAUCACAGCACAAUUUUCCACUUUGCGUCAGUCCAUCUCAGAUGAGAUCGGUCCCAGAGAAACUGGCGGCAUUUCUGGGUGUUGUUGAUAUAUGGGUAGAUGUAGCGACAAACUGUGUUAACUGGCAAUAGUUUUCUGAAGUGUUCCUGAGCCCACGUGGCAAUAUCCUUUACACAAUGAUACCGUUUUUUAAUGCAGUGCCGCCUGAGGGAUAAUCAAAUGUCACGGACAUUCAACGUUGGUUUUCAGCCUUGCCGCUUACGUGCAGCGAUUUCUCCAGAUUCUCUGAAUCUUUUCAUGAUAUUAUAGACCGUAGAUGAUGAAAUCCCUAAAGUCCUUGGAAUUGUACAUUGAGAAACAUUGUUCUUAAACUGUUGGACUCUUUGCUGACGCAGUUGUUCACAAAGGGGUGAAACUCGCCCCAUGCUUGCUUGGGAAAAACUGACCCUUUUGGGGACGCUCCUUUUAUACCCAAUCAUGACACUCACCUGUUUCCAAUUAACCUUUUCAUCUGUGGAAUGUUCCAAAAAGAUGGCAUCCCUCAAUUUACCCAGUCUGUUGCCCCUGUCCCAGUUUUUUUUUGGAACGUGUUACAGGCAUCAAAUUCAAAGUGAGAGAAUAAUUGCAAAAAAACAAUAACGUUCGUCCAUUUGAACAUUAAAUAUUGUCUUUGUAGUGUAUUCAAUUGAAUGUAGGUUGAAAAUGAUUUGCAAAUCAUUAUAUUCUCUCUUUAUUUACGUUUUAUACAACAUCCCAACUUCAUUGAAAUUGCGGUUUGUAGAAACAGGACUGGGUCAUCCCUCAGAAUGACAAUAAAGUAACGAGACUGUGGCCCUAAUGACAUGCGGCAGUCGCGUCCCUUUAUUGUUGUAGGCCUGAGCUGACAUGUUGCCUUAUUUAGACAGCCAACUAGUUGAUACUGAUCCUGGUUCAGAGCAAGUACUAUACUCCAUUUUGUCUAUAUUAUAUCAGAAUACUGAAUGAGCCACUAAUUGUUAACAUCCCCAUCCCUAGUUGAUACUCUAUGCACGUAGAUGCACUGCAAAGGGGGAAAGUGAAAAUUGCCCAUGUCCGAGGGGGUCUGGCUUUUGCGUUGAUCUCUCUUUCCCGUCAUCAUCCAUACUCUCCGCCAUCCGUCAGCGAGGGGGAGGCGCAUAAUGCCAAUGACAGCGUAAGUGGCAAGACAGGCUGCAGAGAGAGCAUGAUGGAUGGGUUAACCCACCCAAAAAGCCAGAAUGGAGGAACUACCCCCCUUUUAAACCAGGAGCUAUCCCGCCUCCCCCCUGCCACAACGCCCGCAUUGUCUACCUCAGAAAAUCAAUGCCAUUCAGCCGUCUGUCUGCAGAUCAAUAGGUACAGUGGGACGGCCGGCAUCGAUUCGCUCUCUCCUUCCCAAUUUCCUUAAAAUCGCAUCAUUCAUUUUGGAUUUAAAAAAAAAAAAAAGACAAUUCAAGCCCUGCUUUGGUGUGUUAGUCACUACUACGAUGCUGUGUGAUGUCAAAUGUUUGGUUGAAGCCUUAUAAUGCACGGCGAUCAUCUGACUGCAAUCCUGCUUUUGAACGAUUGUUCCAUGACUGUAAUUUAUUGGUGGGCUAAUUAGCCGCCCUUUUUGUCGUGAUCGUAUUCUCCGGGAUGACUCCUGUGGUGCUCUACGUUUUGCUCUUCUUGUCUGCUCGUCAUGUCUCGGCCCAAUUCUUCCUGACCAAUCGCAGUGCAGGUUGAUGAACAUUCAAACUGGAACUUUAUGCAUUCACGUCUCCAUUGCAAAGACUCAAAACACUAAGUCCUGAUUUGAAACACUUUAAGAAUGGCAGUCAAUUCUUGGAUUUUGCUCACCAAGCGCCACUUCGAUUUUGCGAUAGCGUAACUAAGGAAUGAUUGUAUUGUUAGUCCAAUUCUUAAAAUUAUGUCUCUACAGUGGACUCUCAGAACUUGAAUGCAAUCGGGAAGCUGUAUGACCUUCGAUUUGCUGGAUUUCUGGAAUAAUGAAUAAUCCAGAAGUUAAACUGGGCAAAGUAAAAUGUAAGCAUUUUUAAGUGUCCAAAAAUAAGUCAUACAAGUCACUGUUGUUAAUAGUAUCACAUAAAAACAAACUUACUUUUACUGUUAGGGUCAUUUUUUUAAAGUUCUAGAUCAAACUGUUUCCAUUAUAAAGUAUUUCAACUGUACAUAUUGACUUUUUGAUUGCUUGUAUAAAAAAAAGUUCCUUUAACUUCCUUUUAGCUCUAUCUUUGUCAUAAACAUUUUUGUACGGAAGGGUAUCCGCACAAUAUAGCCAAAGAAAAAAGACCCUAAAACAGCCCCGUUCUGAAUUCUUGCGUGCCUUUUGCAGCAUAUUUUCCUUCUCAGAAACUUCUUCAAGUAAAUUUACGAGGCGAGCAUAACGAACCCUUCCCUGUUGGUCCACUGUCGUAGAUUUAUGACAGGUCAUCUUGCUGAUGUCAUUAAUGAGUUAGCAUUAGCAGUGCUAGCCCACAGAUGCACAUUACAGCUAUGGCCAUAUUUCCCCUUAUAAAAUCUUUUAGUAAAUUUCCAAAUUAUUUGACUACCGACACCUUUGGGAUCCGAGGGUCUACUGUAACAUAUUCUUCAUGUCAAGUCAUCAUGUGAAUUUUGUCCAAUUGAACUAGCAUUCAUAAUGCUAUCUCACAGACAACUGAGGCGUAUUACCAUCAGGGACCAUAUUUUCCCCCUUUUAGGGUAAAUUUCUGUGUUGUUCAACUACCAAACCCUUCUCUAUUGGUCCAUUGUCCUAGAUUUAUGUUCAGUCAUCUUGCUUAUGAUUUCUACAAGUUAGCAUUAACAUUGCCACAGACAUCCGUUUCCGCCAUUGACCGUAUUGUUGUUUGAAAACUUUGCGGUAAAUAUCAGAGUUGUUCGACUACAGAGUUCUGAGUGUCAGCACUAUAUUAGAUUUUUUUUUUAUGUAUUCUAAUAAUUUUGUUGACUUGACUUGGCAUUAGAAAACGUCAGAUAACAGACGCAAAGAUACCGCCAUGGACCAUAUUUUUCACCAAAAUUUCCAUGUUGUUCAUCUACCAAAAAUCUUGAGGGUCAACUGAACGUUUUAUGCCCUGUCACGCUGAUAAUGUUGUCAAAUUGAGUUAAUUAGCAUUUCUAUCCCAUAGACGACUGAGGUGAACGACAAUGGCCCCAAAAUAGAAUAAGAGGUCUUCCGAUCAUUUGCUUUGAAUUUCAUGGGUGAAACACUAACAUGCAUUUAACGGAGUUGCUUGGUGAGCAAAUCCACAACAAAUGGUCAAGUUUAGGGGAAUUAACAAGCGAGUGUUCGGACUCUAGAGCGUUAUCUGGAUCGCCGCUAAGUGUGUGCUAUGCAACCGGAUGACUCACUACUGGUGUUUCAAUGGUACCAAAUGUCCCACGGGUCGAUGAAAAUGACUCACCUGCCGGGUGCCGUCGCGGUGAGGACAACUUCACUGCAGCUUUACUACAACUUUAAGUGGACCUAUGAGAGAGAAGAUUUAGAGAAUAUGAAUGAAUGUCGACGUAGGCUUUAAAUGACUUGCAGAACGGUGUUAUAGUACCAGAGGGGAGGCCUUAGUUUUGGAGGAAAGAGACUGCAAUCCACGGAGGACACAAUGUUUAUCUAUGGAAAGAGUAUCUCUUCUGUCUAAAGUGUCUUAAAUUGUGUGUGUGUGCGUGUAUGCAUGUGUGGCGAACCCCUCAUGGCCAAAUGUAUAUACUGAAUGUAUCGUAAGCACAGGGGACGCGGAGGCAUCUACAUAAAUAAAAGAAGAAGUCGGGUUUAUUACAACUAUA